CUAUCCUCAACAAACAACUCACUCCCCUCCUCUCUCUCUCUCUCUCCCCCCCUCUCCCGAACUCACUCACCAUGCAAAAAGCGAUUCCAUACAGAGAUUGGCUCCCCACCGCCGGCGGAUCCGCCGCUCCACCACCGGGAAACAUCAACUCUGGUGAGGGUGAGACGAUCGGCGACGCCAAAAGCGUGAGAAAACUGGUGGCGGAAAAUGCUGUGGUUGUGUUCGCGCGGCGGGGCUGCUGCAUGUGCCACGUGGUCAAGCUCCUGCUGCAUGGACACGGCGUCAACCCUUGGAUCUUCGACGUCGAUGACCAGAAUGAAGCUGAUGUAAAGAACGAGUUGUCCGAGAUUAUCAGCAAAGGCGCUGCAGGCAACUCGGCGGUGCCGCAACUUCCGGCGGUGUUUGUCGGCGGAGAACUGUUCGGAGGAUUGGAAGACAUCAUGGGCGCUCAUAUCUCCGGUGAUUUGGUGCCUAGGCUAAGAGAAGCCAGAGCUCUAUGGCUUUGACUGAGUCAUUGUCUUCCCAAUCAUCAAGAAGACUUUUGGGCGGAAAUUAAAAUUUUGUUUUUUAAUUUAUGUUUUUCUCCUUAAUUUUCUUUCUUUAGCUUUUGUGUAUUCUGGGAGAUGGAAAAGUCUGAUUGAAGAUGCGCAAGGCAGAAGAAAUGGUUGAAGAAAUCUUAUGGAUCAUGCCAAAAUGUUUGGCAUCAUUUUGUAAAUGCUGCUGUUCAGAUAGUUGUCGCUUUUGAUCUUUAUUUUA